AGUGUGGUCAGUGCAUGAUAGUUACAGAACUCCCUCUCAACCAUUCAUAGGCAAUAGCUGCAGCAGAGAAUGGCUACCAAUGUUGAUCUUGGCGAAAUAGCCUUUACAGGAGAGUACGAUGUGAUUACUGACAGUGAAAUAUCUCAACUUCCUCUUGAAGUGCAGAGGAGCAUUGAAAAUGGCAAAAACUGCAAAACAGCUGAUUCGAUCAACAUCCUCGUGACAGGCAAGACAGGCAGUGGCAAGUCAACCCUGGUUAGUGGGAUCUUGGGGUUCAAAGUGGAGGACAAGAGUGAGGGACAAGUCAGCAAGCAUGAAAUAAAUAGAGAAGGAAUCACUGUGAGGGUCUGGGACAGUCCUGGGCUGCAAGAUGGAACUGGCAAUCAAGAAGACUAUCUCAAGCAAAUAAAACAGCAAUGCUCGUACAGGGAUUUAACUAUCUACUGCAUUAGAAUCUCAGACACGAGGUUUGUACACACUGCAGAAAAUCCAGAUGUCGUGGCAAUGAAAAAGCUCACCCAAGCUUUUGGUAAGGGCUUCUGGAGCAACUGCAUCAUAGCCUUGACCUAUGCUAACACUCUCACUGCAAUGGACCUGGACUGGGACACCUUUCCGGUGGCAGAGCAAGUCAGGAGGUUUGAAAGGAAGAUAAACGAGUGGAGAGAGCAAGUGCAAGAUAUUUUAGUUCAAGAUAUCGGCAUUUCAAGGGACACGGUCAAGACAAUCACCAUCGCUCCAGUCGGCCAUUAUCGAAAGCCACACCUUCCAGGCUGUGAAUACUGGCUAUCCAACUUCUGGUUCAAAUGUGUUGUGACUAUUUCAACUCUGGAAGUUCGUUGUGCUUUAGUUAAGAUCAAUCGGAAUCGGAUCAAGAGAGAAAAUGAAGUGAAAAAAAGUGAUUUUGGAAUGUCACCAGAAAUGCAACCGAUUGUAGCAACCAAAGGUACAAUUCCAAUUCCACAAAUAAUCGGAGCUGGAGUUGCUGGAGGCGCCAUCGGGAGUACUGUUGUUGGAUUGAUCAGCCUGGUUGCAGGUCCAGCAGCACUGUUUGUGUCAAUACCAGUGGGUUUCAUUAUCGGAGCUCUAAUUGGAGGAGGCCUGACUUUAAAGAGAUGACAAUCUUGAGACAGAAUAAGUGAUUAUAUACGUAAGCAUGCAUGCAGUUGCAAUAUACAUUCAUGUUAUACAGUAUAAUUAUUUCUAAGAAUUGA